AUGAUUCCCAGGAGCUCCCGUGUAGCCCGCAUCAAUGUGCCGAGGUUUGCCGGGAGCUACCGCCGCUCGUUCAGCGACACGCGAGCAUUGAACAAUUAUGACGCUACAUUGAAGAACCUCAAGAUAGGAAAACACACACGAGUCAUCUUUCAGGGUUUCACUGGCAGACAAGCAACAGCAAAUGCCAAAGAGUCGAUAGAAUGGGGAACCAACAUUGUCGGGGGCGUGACCCCAGGUCGCGACGGCGAGCAUCUUGGGCUGCCGGUCCUACCAAGCGUUAGAAAGGCAAUGGAGACUCUGAAGCCAGAUGCUACUGGAAUCUAUGUAGCGGCGCAUCAGGCCACGGCCGCCAUAGAAGAAGCUAUCGAAGCCGAGGUCCCGCUUAUAGUCGCCGUCGCCGAACAUAUACCUGUGCACGAUCUCUUACGGAUACACUCUAUGCUGAGGACGCAGUCUGCAUCCAGACUAGUGGGUGCGAAUUCCCCGGGUAUCAUCUCGUCCGUUGGAAAGUGCAGAAUCGGAUUUCAACCACUACCGUGUUUCGAGCCCGGCAGAAUCGGUAUAGUUGCGAGAUCAGGAACGCUCAGCUACGAAACUGCUGGCUCGACUUUGCGGUCUGGCCUUGGCCAGAGUAUUUGCAUCGGCGUAGGUGGUGACAUCUUGCCUGGUACAACUCUGGUCGACGGACUCAAAAUACUGGCAGAGGAUGAAGAUACCGAAGGCAUCGCCUUGGUUGGCGAGAUCGGUGGCAACACCGAGUUGGAAGCCGCAGAAUGGAUCAAGGAAUAUCGAGCAAAGACUAAAGAUCCAAAGCCUAUCGUGGCCCUUGUUGGAGGUAUCCAAGCCGUUCCAGGUCGCAUCAUGGGUCAUGCGGGUGCUUUUGCCCUCCCUGGGGAGCCGGAUGCAACAGAAAAGGUGAAAGCUCUCCAGUCGGCGGGAGCCACUAUUAUCAACCACCCUUCAAGAUUCGGCUCUACUCUCAAAUCGCUACUUGACGGCUCGACGCCCAAGGGAACUGGUAUAGCCCCUGGAGCUGGUCAACAACGCAGAGGAAUGCACACGUAUAGACGACGACCGAUACUCUACCAAGGCCAAAACGCGGCCAAGCAGGCUUUACAAAAACGUUCGAUAUAUCUAAGUCAACAAACAGCUCUCGACCUUCUCCGUGUGCGUGGCAUACGUGUGAAUGAGGAGUCCAUGGGCGCAACUGAACGGCUGCUCGCAGUGUCGAUUAACCGCAGCACGCGCAAUCCCUGUAUCGUCGCCUCUCUUACAACUGACGCCAAAGAUGCGAAGAUUUUUGAUUUCGAGUACACACGAGGAUCUGCAGACCUGCCCAUCGGGCCAAUCGCUGCGGCACUCGGGCUGGACCGGGACUCGACGGAAGCACUGGAACAGCUCAGUCACUUGCUCAGAGAACUAGUCAGUCUAUUCAUUGAGAAGGAGGCGUUUCUCAUUGACACGCGCAUCGCCGAAACCGUUGACGGCGUUGCUGUUUCCCGGGCCCGCCUCGGCUUUGACGACGCCGCGCACCGGUCAUGCGGACGGCAAGCCGACAUUCACGCGCUGCGCGACGUGGAUCGAGAGGAUCCCGCCGAGGUUGGCGUCGAAAAGGACGGAAUCGUCUACAUCAAGCUACAGGACGGUAAUAUUGGCACUUUGGUCAACGGUGCUGGCCUCGCCAUGAACACUGUCGACGCCCUGGCUGAUGCCGGCGGCCGGGCGGCCAACUUUUUGGAUACUGGCGGAAAGGCCACGAGCGAGACAGUAAAGAAGAGUUUCGAGGUUAUUUUGACGGAUCCCAGAGUCAAGGCCAUCUUUGUAAACAUCUUUGGCGGGCUUACACUCGGAGACAUGAUUGCGCGGGGAGUGGUCAUGGCCUUCAAGGAUCUGCACAUGUCGGUACCGGUAGUGGUCCGGAUCCGCGGCACCAACGAGAAGGAGGGCCAAAAGAUCAUUGCCGAGAGCGGCCUGCCGCUGUAUGCCUUUGAUGACUUUGAUGAGGCUGCGGCAAAGGCCAUUGAGUUGGCAAACGAGUCAUAG